UCAGCAGAGUUGUCAUGUGACACACGACGACGCGUGAGCGCGCACACAGCGACUGCGCGCAGUGUCCUUCUCAACUCGACCGGUGCUGGAGCACAAUGGACCGUCGAGUUCCGGUGGUGAUUGUGUCCACUCUCUUUUUGUCGUUUAAUGUCUGCUCCUCUCAGACUUAUGUCCUGAACGACAAAGGAGGCCUGGGAAGAGUCUUUGACGGAAUUGGAGGGUUGAGCGGUGGAGGGGCCACAUCUCGGUUACUGAUCAAUUAUGCCGAACCCUACCGCAGUCACAUAUUGGACUACCUUUUUAAGCCAGGUUUUGGAGCCUCUUUGCACAUACUGAAAGUAGAAAUCGGAGGGGACGCUCAAACGACUGAUGGAACAGAGCCGUCCCACAUGCACUAUGAGAAUGAUGAGAAUUACUUCCGAGGCUAUGAGUGGUGGCUUAUGAAAGAAGCCAAGAAGAGGAACCCUAACAUCACGCUUAUUGGUUUGCCCUGGGCAUUCCCUGGUUGGGUGGGCCGUGGUGAGAACUGGCCCUAUGACUUUCCAGAUAUCACCGCAACGUAUGUUGUGAACUGGAUCAUUGGUGCCAAGCAGUACCAUGACCUGGACAUUCAAUAUGUUGGGAUUUGGAAUGAGAGAAACUUCAACGUCAAGUACAUCAAGCUGCUACGCUACACUCUGGAUAAGAGUGGUCUGGAGAGCGUCAGGAUCAUAGCCAGUGACAACAUGUGGGAACCAAUUACUGUGUCUAUGCUGCUAGACCCUGAGCUCAGCAGUGCUGUAGACGUGAUAGGGGCUCACUACCCUGGCACCAAAACAGUGACGGAAGCCCUGGUAUCGCAGAAGAAGCUGUGGUCAUCGGAGGAUUACAGCACCUUUAACGAUGAUGUGGGAGGAGGCUGCUGGGCUCGCAUCCUCAACCAGAAUUAUGUCAAUGGACGCAUGACUGCCACCAUCUCCUGGAACCUGGUGGCCAGUUAUUAUGAUGAUCUGCCAUUUGGCAGAGAUGGGCUGAUGACUGCUGAGGAGCCCUGGAGCGGCAACUAUGUGGUUGAGUCUCCAAUCUGGAUCACAGCCCACACUACACAGUUCACCCAGCCAGGAUGGACGUACCUGGAGACUUUUGGACAUCUGGCACAAGGUGGAAGUUAUGUCGCCCUGACUGAUGGGAAAGGAAACCUUACUGUUGUCAUAGAAACCAUGACUCAUGAUCAUUCAAUCUGCAUAAGACCUCCACUCCCUGCCUUCAACGUGACAUCACAGAAUGCAACUUUCCAGUUAAAGGGAUCCUUUGCCUCUAUCAAGGAACUCCAAGUAUGGCGAUCACAGUUUAACUUCAAGACGAAAAAGCCAUCCUUCUUUGAGAAACUAGCUACACUAAAGGUUGUAGAUGGAUCAUUUACCCUAAAUCUGGAUGAAGAUGAGGUUUAUACACUCACCACAAUUACCACAGGAACAAAAGGCAGCUACCCUGACCCACCUCCCUCAGCUCGCUUUCCUAAAGUCUACAAGGAUGACUUUGAUGUUCGAAACCCUCCUUUCUCAGAGGCUCCAAAUUUUGCUGACCAGACCGGGGUGUUUGAAUACUACAUCAACCUCACUGACCCAGGGCCGCACGUCUUCACCUUUCGACAGGUUCUGACCCAGAGACCCAUCACAUGGGUAGCGGAUUCUGACCAGACUAUCAGCGUCAUAGGAGACUAUCAGUGGCAGAACCUGACAGUUACAUGUGAUAUCUUCAUGGAGCAUAUUAAGACCGGCGGUGUGUUUAUAGCAGCCAGAGUGGAUAAGGGAGGCCAGUCAGUCCGUGCUGCUAGAGGAGUCUUCUUCUGGGUGUUUGCGGAUGGUACCUACAAAGUUACUAAUGAUCUUGCUGGAAAGACUGUGCUGGCAGAGGGAUUGUCAGGUACCCGGGCAUAUAGAUGGUACACCUUAUCACUCACUGUAAAUGGCCAGUAUGCAUCAGGCUUGCUGAAUGGAUACCCACUGUGGAAGAAUGCUGUGGUACUGACACCAGCGAAUGGCUGGGCUGCCAUAGGAACACAAGCAUUUGAACUGGCCCAGUUCGAUAACUUUGCUGUUGUGGCAGAGUAUUGAUUUCACUUUUAAACAAUAGCAUACACUAUGCUGUGAAUUUUUCCAAUUACUUUACUCUCUUGAUUUAGGCACUGGAUUAACACUUGACCUUUCUAAACACAGAUUGGAUCUUUUUAUCUUUUAUAUAAGCAAUAUGCACACAAUAAGGGAAAAAGAGGAGACUAAUGUAACAUAUUGCAGUGCAUUGUUGAAUUUUUCUGUUGGAAAUAUUUGUAAAUGAUUAAAUGUGUUUUUUCUUAUGUUUUGUAUUUUUGGCUUGAAAGUCUUCGCAACUUUUAAAAAAUUCACGAGAGUGCCUGCUUCAACCAGGUGAAGAAUGUAAUGAAGAACUAAAAUGUAUACUUUAUAAUAUCUGAAUAAAUAAUGUUCCUGAUCACUGUA